CUUCCUACUUUCCACCCUGCGACACAAUUUCACCCCCUAUAUUCAUUCUUCUUCUUCAAACCUCCAAACUUAUAUCCAAAUCAAUCCUCGAGUCGCGAUUCAAUUUGAGGCUCAAGAUAAUAUCUUCCAUCGCUGAGCUUCUCCCAUCGCACAUCCGCGCCGCAGUUGCCGAGGAGAGUACCUUGGCGGGGCAUAAUCAAGUACCAACCAACCCACCAACUCACUCACUAGUGACGACGGACUGCUAUCUCACCGUUCCAGCACAACCUACGACAUCAACGCGUGCCCAGAACGGCGACAGGACAGCCCCCUCACGCCUCCCUUGAUCUUUCCGCACAUCUAAAUACCCCUCCUCCUCCUCCUCUUCCUACACAAUGUCGUGGAAAAUCACAAAGAAACUGAAAGAGACCCAUUUGGGGCCCCUCGCAAAUACCUUCUCCCGCACACCCUCUACUCCCUCAAUUAGCACCGAUGCGUCCAAGGAGGAGAAGCCGGGGGUACCGAUCUCACCCUCGACCAGUCUUUCCGCCGAUAAUGGCAUCGCUGUCUCCGAAGCCAUGGUGCAGCAGCCCCCAACUGAGCCGCGACCAGGACUCCUUAUCGUGACCCUCCACGAAGGAACUGGGUUCUCCUUACCAGAGCAAUACAGACAUAUUUUCCAAAGUCAACACACUCAAAACUCCAUGUCAGCUGGCAAUGGAUUCGGCAUUGCAGGCUCCAUGCGCCCGACCUCUUCACAACAAAACGUUGCCGGCUCGUUCGCCAGCGGCAGCGUACGUCCCUCAACCUCCGGUGGUGGAGGCUUCUCCUCAGUCCCGACAAACCACGGUCGAUACUCCUCCAAAUACCUCCCCUACGCGCUUCUCGACUUCGACAAAGUACAGGUCUUCGUUAACUCCGUGUCCGGAUCGCCAGAGAACCCCUUAUGGGCCGGCGACAACACCCAGUACAAGUUCGAUGUCUCCCGUGUGACCGAGCUGGCCGUGCAUCUCUACUUGCGGAAUCCCAAUGCGACCCCUGGAUCUGGACGAAGCCAGGAUAUCUUCCUUGGUGUCACGCGCAUCAACCCGAGAUUUGAGGAGAGGCAGAAGUUCGUGGAGGACCCGAAGGCCAGCAAGAAGGACCGCGAGAAGGCGGCUGCGGAGUUUGCGACCCGGGAGAAGUCGAUGGGACAGAGUGGAACUGAGUGGCUGGAGGUUCAAUACGGUACGGGAAGGAUUAAGCUCGGGGUUGAGUACGUGGAGAACAGACAGAGGGCGCUGAAGAUUGACGAUUUCGAUCUCCUCAAGGUGGUGGGCAAGGGAAGUUUCGGCAAGGUCAUGAUGGUUAAGAAGAAGGACACCCAUCGCAUUUACGCCCUCAAGACGAUCCGCAAAGCUCACAUCAUCUCGCGUUCUGAAGUCGCCCAUACCCUGGCUGAGCGUUCUGUUCUGUCGCAAAUCAACAAUCCAUUCAUUGUGCCGUUAAAGUUUUCGUUCCAGUCGCCAGAGAAGUUAUACCUUGUCCUGGCCUUUGUCAACGGUGGAGAGCUGUUCCACCAUCUCCAGAAGGAGCAACGCUUCGAUAUCAACCGUUCUAGAUUCUACACGGCGGAACUGCUGUGUGCGUUAGAGUGCCUCCACGGCUUCAACGUCAUUUAUCGUGACUUGAAGCCCGAGAACAUUCUCCUCGAUUAUUCCGGACACAUCGCUCUUUGCGACUUUGGUCUAUGUAAGCUCGACAUGAAGGAUGAGGACAGGACCAACACAUUCUGCGGCACUCCAGAGUAUUUGGCACCUGAGCUUCUACUGGGCCAGGGCUACACCAAGAGUGUCGAUUGGUGGACCCUUGGUGUCCUCCUCUACGAGAUGUUGACUGGACUUCCUCCCUUCUACGACGAGAACACAAACGAGAUGUACCGCAAGAUUCUGUCCGAGCCCCUCCACUUCCCUGGAUCGGACAUCGUACCCCCAGCGGCGAAGGAUCUCCUCACGAAGCUGCUCAACCGCAAGCCAGAAGAGCGUCUGGGAGCGAACGGCGCGUCGGAGAUCAAGGCGCACGUUUUCUUCCACAGCAUCGAUUGGCGCAAGCUUCUCCAGAGGAAGUACGAGCCAACCUUCAAGCCCAAUGUGGUCGACGCGCUCGAUACCGAGAACUUCGACAAGGAGUUCACACGCGAGGCACCAGCGGAUUCAUUCGUCGAAGGCCCGCUCCUGUCAUCCACCACACAAGAUCUCUUCCACGGAUGGUCCUACAACCGUCCCGUGGCCGGUCUUGGCGAUGCGGGAGGCAGUCUGAGGGACCCGUCGUUCGUGGGAAGCGUGCAGGACAACAGGUAACAUGGUGAAAUGGGGUUUCUUGCGCCAGCAGUGUCUCUUCCAUCCUUGAAUGGCACACAUGUGCACGUCCAUCUAUGGCCGCACAUGAAUGAGACUGAUGAUUACAUUACUGGGGGAGGUCUUUAUCUGUCUGAGAGCGAAAGUCUGGUCUGGCCCGAGCUCUUCUUAUGAGAUAUCAGGCAAAUUGAUUGCCGAUGGAGAGAGGGCAUUGAUUUAUCAUGAGGCGUUUUUAUGGCAUGUGCUGGAGAAUACUUUACUUGCCUGCGUGCGUGCUUUGUUUUGAAUCUAUGAUGAUGUGGCGGGCGGGGGAGAAGAGACAGACAGUGGGG